AUGAAGGAAGUCAAGGAGAAGUUCAAGCUCGCUAUUGCUGAAAAGAACGGCGAAUUGGACGAAGGGAGUAAGAAAGAUCAAGAGGAAGUAACGAAGAAUGACGGACCGAUAAGAAGCCGGAGGGCUCAGGAGCUAUGGGAGCUACUAAUGAAGGCCGACCAUAUGAGCGUUCGCCAAUUCCUCGGCUCAGGUCAACCCCACGAACUUAGAAAGAAGGACACGCCUCCACCUCAGGACAAGAGCCAGCCCUUCCCAUUGGGUCCUGGCUACAACUUCAACACUAUCGAGUGGCUUGAGACCAUGACCUAUGGUACCGGAUGGUACAACCAGUCCCUCACGGAGUGCGUCUUGGAGGAACUUGACUUCCACACCGAUGAUAUGGAUAACAACCCAGCUACCGAGGAUAUCCAGUACUGGUGGUGCGUCGACGGCGGUGCCCAAGAGAUCGCAAAGAGAAUGGCUGCCAAGGCCAAUAAGCGUAUCGAAUACAACACGUGCGUCCGUUCAAUCGACGCUCAAGUCCCGCUACGUGCAGCUGGAAAGUAUACAGGCAUGAAGCUUCACACCAUCAGAACUGAUCCCAAGACCAACAAGGUUGAGAGCAAGGACAGAGAGUACUUUGCUGUCCUCAAUAGUACCACUCUUGGUGCCCUCCAGCGUAUGGAACUUCGCGAUGCCGGUCUUUCCUGGGGUACUAAGCAGGCUAUCCGAGCUCUCGGGUACGGUGCGUCUGCCAAGGUUGGCAUGAAGUUCCGAACCGCAUGGUGGCAAAAGGAGCCGUUUGGCAUCGCGCAGGGUGGAGUAUCGCGGACCGACUUGCCUCUGCGCGUCUGCGUAUAUCCUUCAUACAACAUUUUGAAGAACGAGGGUGAGGACAAGUGGGAUCCCGAGAAGCCAGCUGUUCUUCUCUGCUCGUACACCUGGGGUCAGGACGCUCAACGACUAGGCUCUCUAUGCUCCAACAACACGACUCACGACGAUAAGGAGCUCAAGAGGCUAAUUAUUCAUGACCUUGCUCGGCUCCAUGCCAGAGAGGAAUUUCCCUUUGAGGAAUUGGUCAAGCAUCUUGAAGAGCAAUAUAUUGAUCAUCACGGCUAUGACUGGUACAGGGAUGAGCACAUGUCAGGUGCGUUCGCUUACUUUGGGCCCGGCCAGUUCUCCAAUAUGUGGCAAGAGAUUAUCAAGCCCAACGCGUUCGGCCAGCUUUAUCUUGUUGGGGAAGCUGCUUCUUCCCAUCACGCGUGGAUUGUCGGUGCACUCGAGAGUGUCAUCCGAGCCGUAUACGUCAUGUUCCAGGGUCUCCAGAAUGGCAACCCGUCGUUUGAACCGUACAAUAUUGUGUUGGAAUUACUCAAGCAGGCCCCAACUGACAGGGAUGAGAAAUACGAGUUCGAGGACAUCGGUGAACCCUUGAAGAGAGGUGGUGGCAUGCCCACUGGAUUGCCUUUCCAUCCUCUUCCCGAGGAGAUGCCAACAACACAGCUUCGUACUAAAAAAGGCGCUUCUUUGACUGACAACCCGAAAGAGGAGGCCAACGAUCGCCCUGUGGACAUGACAUAUGGUGCUGCCUUGGCUGUUUUAAGUUUGAUCGAGAGUUUCUUUGAGUUAGUAGUCGACAAGCAGUAA